AUGUCCACUGAACACCUAAGUCUUGCUUGGACUGGCGAUUUUGACUCGCUCAAGAAAUUUUCAAAUGAAGUCCUAAACCUUGAUGGAGAGUGGACACAGCCUGGAGGGGACAGGAAGCUCUUUACUUUUGACAACUCAAGUAUUGUAUGGCGAAAAACUAAAGGUUUGUUGCUGUUUAAAGGUGAGCAAUCAAUAGCUGUUAAAGCGAAAAUUUGCGAAGCAAUGCUACAAGAAUCGCCUAACCCACCAUCACAAACGCAUUCAGGCAUAUCGCCUGGUGAUCGUAUGGAUGAGAUCGAGAGUCUUAGAUCUACCCAGUUAUUGAAUGGUGAAGCAAUUCAGCUUUUGGUUAAUUCUGUUUCGCAAAUCUUUUCUAUGAUUGCUGAAAUUCAAGCAAAUGCAAAACCCUCUACAGACAAUUUAAGUAAAAAAAAUACGGAAAAAUCACCAGAGGAAAAAAUUGAGCAAUUUGAAUAUGCAAAUUCCAUCAACACCAACACUGAUAAUCCUGUUGUCCUAGAACAAUCAGAACAAUUAAUUGAAUCAAAUAAUGCAAAUAGUGAUGAAUGCACUCCCUUGAGAGAACAAAACACAUUAGAAAAUACUUUAGAGAUAAGCGGCAAUCAAGAAGGCAUCUCCACAUUAAACGGAUUAAUUGACGACGUGAGCGAUAAUAACAUGAAAAUUUCCUACGCAAAAGCUGCAAAAUCACAUCCAGAUUUAAGAAACCCCUCUAAAACACCUAUAAAAACUGCAAAGGAUAAAUUGUCGCUUGCUACUAAUGCAAAGGAAGAUACCCCAAUUUCUGAGGGAUUAAUACACUCCAAUGUGCCCGAUGGCUUUAUUGGAGUUGAACAUAAACAAAAGAAAUACAAGCAAUUUUUUUAUCUGGUAUUGCUGAAGGCGUAAAAGAAAGCCAGAUAUACUCGUAUCUCGUUGAAAGAAAUAUAACCCCUACCAUGGUGUCUACCUUCCAAAGUAAACGUAAAGGAACAAUGUCUGCUAAAAGACAUAUUCCCAUUAACCACAAGUUCGGUCGUACUAGAAAAAAACUUUUGGCCAGAGUUUGUAUACUGUAAGCCAUGGCAACAAAAAGUAGAUAAGCGUUGCAGACGAAUAAAGAGACCCUAGUGGGAAACUAUAUAUCUCCAGUAUAAUGGAGAAUGUAAUUCCAGUACGUAUCUCGUCUAGAAGAUGUAAAAAGUCUAGACAAGUCGUGUAAAUGUUACUAAACAAGGACCCAGCAAACCAAAACAAAUUCCACAGUAUGGUUUUACAACAAAGCAGUUAGAACUUCUCUUUCAGAGUUUAAUAAUGUCAUUAUUCACUUUCGGAACUGAACUUUGGGGAGGAGCAUCUUACACUAAAUACAUUAGUCAGAUUGAUAAGUUUAUAAAUCGUGCAUACCAUAAUGGAUAUGUAACAGAGAAAUCUAAUUUUAGAGAAAUAAUUAAUAAGAGAGACAAGAGAUUAUGGAAAAAAAUAUUAGAUGAUGAAAAUAAUGCACUAAGAGAACUUUUACCAAAUAAAUUAAAUCGAACGUUAAGGCAAAGGGGACAUGACUUUGAGCUGCCCUUAGUAAGAACUGAACGAUUUAAAAAAUCUUUUGUAAAUAGAUGUCUUUUCAAUUUUAUCUAGUGUAUGAUACAUUUUAAUAAUUUUUAACAACAUUGUAGAAUCUUACUAGUUUUAUUAAAUUAUUGAUGUAAAUAAUUAAUGUAAAAUAGACUAUAUUCUUAUAAUUCCAUGUAAACUCGGACGUGUGUUCCGAGUAUUGAUUAAUAAAGACUAUUAUUAUUAUUAUUAUUAUUAUUAUUAAAACAUUUUAUUGGUAGUAGCAGUUCUGUUUGGGCAUCCGAAUAUAUGCACUUGUGUUAUGAAGAAUCAAAACUGUUUCUUACUAAUGAGCUAGAACCAAGAGAUAAAUCCAGAAGCAAGUUUGUAUAUUCAACUGGUGGAUAAAGUAAAGCAAUAUUCUUUGAUGACAUGUAAAGAAGACAUUUUGAAAAUAACAAAUUAACCAGACUGCCAAUUUCGUGUGUAUGAAUUGGAAAGAUUGAAAAUAUUGCAACAUGCUAUUACCCAUUGUACUGAAUCAAUCCAUGAUGAUGACCCAGCUAAUCAAGAUGAAAGUGAUAUUUGGAGAAUCCUUGGAACACUUAUGGAUUUAAUUAGGUCAGUUCAGCAAGUUCACCUGCAGUCAAAUUCUUCCAACAUUGUCAUCUGGAAAGCUACUAGCAGACUAAGUGAACUUUGAUUUCAUCCUUUCUGUGAUGAAAUCAAGGGUUCAUGAGUUUACUGAUGCUGGCCCAGGAGUGGGUGUGACCAACCAUGAUGUCAAAUUUCGAAUUACUGAGGUAAUAAUUCUAACUAACCUUGAUUAUUGUAUUCAACAUCAUCUCGCGAAUGACGAUAGCAGUCACAAUUAGGUUGAACGAAUUCAAAGUUUUGUCAGAGAUACAAUAUGUGAUGGGGGCCCAUUGGACUGGGAAUUUAAAGGACAGUAUGAAGGGCUUACUGAUGAACAGUUAAAUGGAAUGUCAUUUGAAGAGCUAGAAAACAGUGAAUUGGAAAGAAUGAAGUUCAAUGCAUUUAAAGUAUGCGAUGAGUUAAUGUUUCGAAUUGAAGCUGCUCCUGCACCUGGAGGUUAUAUGAAAGCUUAUACAUCAGAAAGGAAUGAAGAUCUUUUGUUCAACAAUCAUCAGCUUUUGAAAAACUAUGUUGCUGCCUCUGAAAAUACCAGAAUGGCAUUACCUGGUAGUCAUUACUUUAAAAUGCUUGAAACUUUUAUUGAAAAGCACUUUGAAAUCGGUGAAAAGUAUUUAGAAUAUGCCAGGUAUGCUUGCUUGGAUCCUUCAUGUUACCAUUGUUCUGCCCUGGGUUGGGCUGGUCCAGUUUGUUCUCGUAUUCAUAAACCAAUGCCAAACUACAAUUCCAGUGGUUUUCAUUACUUAUCAGUGUUUGAGACCCCAGUUGAAGUUGAUGGAAACACUCGCCCUGUUAAUGAUUUCCAGCCACGAAAACAGGUCAAAGGUUACAUGGCCCAAGGUAAACUUGCUACAGAAGAAGAGAUUGAUGAUUUUUCCAAGAAAUUUGUAACUGACAAGGUGUUGUUAAAGAAGUUUAUAAUAUAGUAUUUGUAAAUUCUGAGCGCUGAUUGGCUAAGAGCCGUGUUGAUAUAACUCCAUGUCAACACGGGGAUAUUUUCCGCCGCUUGUAAACACGGAAAUUUUUCUUAUUCUUCGGGCUUUUGACAUUGCUAUAUUAUAAAACAAAUAUAAAACAUUUUUUCUGUAUUGAUAUAUAGUUAUAUCAACACUCGUGGAAGUUGGGAAAACUCGAAAUUGUACGAAAACACUCCGCCCUUCGGGCGUCGUGUUUCCACACAAUUUCUCGUUUUCCCAAUUUCCACUAGUGUUGAUAUAACUGUAUAUCAACACGGAAAAUGUUUUAUAUUUGUUAAAUAUUGAGCAUUUGCAGAUUUUGGAAAUCAACAAAAGAGAAAGAUCAGAAAAAAGGAAAGUUCUCUUGGAAGAACAAAAGAACAAGAAAUUUGAAGACUGACUGAUCAUCUCUACUAAGAGAAGGAACAUUGAAGAAGUUGAAAGUGAGUGAGUUAGACAAAUAUUUGCAUCAUUACAAACUGUGUAUAACUCGAUCUCUUAAGCUGAAGAAAAAAGAGAAAAUUGAUUUCAUCACCACUCAUAUUGCUUCAGUGUUACUCAACGAUCCCAAUGCAGCUUCAGCAUCACUUGACGAAGAGUCAGAUGAUUCCGCAAUGGAAUCCAGUGACACUGACAAGGACAUUGUCAUUGCUGAUACACUUGCGCCAAAUUCUGAUGCAGAUACCUCAACCAGUGAAUCCGAUUACGACAGCAUCAAUAGUGAACCUGAUGUUGAAUCAAUGUUUACAACAACAACAAGGAGUGGAAGAAUUGCAACAAACUGGAGAGUGAGAUUUUGUAA